UUACCUGUCGUGCGCUCAGGUCGAUGUGGAUCUGCUCGCCAGUCUUGUUUUCAGUUUUUCCCGUCGCUCUAUCUAAUAUUGAGUAAACCGGAGGAUCCCUCUGAUUGGCUGCAGAGAAAGCGAGCUCUUUCCAGCCCACCCACCGCUGAUUAUAGGGACUCUUGCAGACUCUCUUCCCUUCCUUGCAGUGAGUCUGGGACUUGGCCACUGGGGCUGCACGGCACACACAGAGCGCGCAUCAUGGCAGCUACCCACAGCGACUACAGAGGCUACCUGCGGAACACCGUCGACAUCGAAGCAGGGCAGCACCGCUUCCACCCGGUGCAGAGCUCGGAGCCCACUUACCGGCCGCUCCUAUUCGGAACCCUCGCUGUUAUGGGAUUGCUUCAGGUGGCUUCCAGCGUGGCGAUCUUAUUACACCUGACAGGUUAUCUGCAAGAGGUAGACUUAUCCACGGCCCCGCAUCGGCCCAUAGAGGAAGUACAGACGGAGCCGGUGCUGAACGCACUGAGAGACACGAGGAGAAGACGGUGCAAAACUCCAAAAGAGGGCCUGGCAUCAGCUCAUCUACCAGUCAAAGUGCCCCAGGAGUACUCGAAGAAGGGUGAGCAGAAGGCCAUCACCAUCGACUGGAACGAGAUGCAUGGACACUGCCACAAAAUGGGCUACCAGAAGGGGAAACUGCAGGUGAUGGAGUCGGGUUUCUACUAUAUCUACGCCAAGACCUGCUUCCGCUACUACGAGCCUUUAGAGGACAGCAGCAGCCAGGCCGGGGGCACGCCGGUGGAUGUUAGCAACACCCAGCUCAUCCAGUACGUCUACCGCGAGAUCAUCAAACAGAACGGCAAGUCGGUGCUGCUGAUGAAGACGGGCAGCACCAUGCGCUGGAACAACACCAGCUAUAACAUGUACUGCGCCCAGCAGGGCCUUGGCGUCCGGCUGGACGAGGGAGACACCUUGUAUGUCAAUGUGUCCAAUGCUUGGAUGCUGGACCUGGAGGGAGAAGGGACGUAUUUUGGGGCCAUAAAGUUGGGUAACUGAGAAAUUAAAACACGUGGGGAGCGGACAUGCUACUGAACAUUUGAUAUGCCAAAGAACCACUGUUAUUGAUUUUAUAAUGUUAAUAUGUUCUUUUUUUUUUGGUUCAUGUGUUGUUGUUGUUGUUGUUUUUUUGUUUUUUUACGUUGCUGUUCACCUAAUAGUACGGAAGUGGAUUACGGCCACAUGUGAAAAAUGUAUUUGAGUUCUGAGUUUAAAGUCAGAAUUCUGAGAUCUGACUUUAAUCUCAGAACUCAAACAUAUUUUUCACAUGUGGCCCUAAUACACUUCCGUAGAAUGGCCUUGGAAUCCUUUAUGAGAACACAUAAUGGAAAAGGUUGUCACCUUUUUAAAAACCUUGUCUUGCCCCGCAUCCCAAAAAAAAUGGAGACACACAGCUCUCGACUUGAUUCCAAAUAGCACUGGAGUCUUUUUUUUUUUCCAAGUGUUGGGCUCGGUAUUGUGAAAUUUCAAUACAUUUCCGUUCGGAUAAGAACAUUUAGACUUAAGCACAGACAUGUGUUUAUGCACUAAUUAAACAAACCAUGAGGGAGCAACGUAGGAAGUAAGUUUGUUGGCAAGAGUGUGCAGCGAGAAAGGAUUUAUUACAUUUUGAACAUUGCAGCUGAUAGAGCAUCUGCUUGUACUUAGCAGAUUAUCACAGAAUAAAAAUAACACAACUCCCAGGUGUGCCUCCGAGCCACCGCAGUGAAUGCACAAAUGUUUUCCUGGAAGGUUUUGUAAGUGUGAUCAAGGCAGGCAAUGAGGUGUCCUGGCAGUAAGUAGCUCAACGGUAUAAUCUGAAAUGGGCAGUUAGAUGAUGAUUUAUAUCGCCGUCCAAAUCUCUUAGGCAUCAUUUCAAAACUUCAUCCUCAGAACGAUACACUUUGGCUACGUUCAGACUGCAGGCCAAAGUGGCCCCAAAUCCAAUUUUGAAUUUUUUUGGGGGUCA